ACAUGAGAGAAUAUUUGACAUUUCACUGUGUUUUCAUCAACCUUCUUGCAAAAAAGAAUCCUAUAAGAAAAUAUUAUUUUUCACAGAAAAAGAGUUAAAUUUCAGUGUUGAUUUUCACGCAUUUCCCAACUACAUGAACCACCCUGGAGAUUUCUUCUAAAAUCACAGCAUUCCAAGUGUGUUUUUUCCAGCAGUAAAGGGAUCUUCACGGAAGAGAACUAAGAAGGCAUUAUGACGACGUAUGCAUCCACGAACAAUGGCAGGGAGGCGGACUUCCAGAAGUUGGCUCAAACCAUCGCCACAAGCAUACAGAAGAUCCUCCAGAAUGUCUCAUCCAUGCAGCGGAUGGUUAAUCAAUUUGGCACAGCCCAAGAUUCUCCGGAACUCAAACAGCAAUUGCAUCAAAUUCGAACGUAUACUCAGCAAUUAAUCACAGAUACGGAUAAUUUGCUGAAGGACUUGAACAACUGCAAGGAUCGUCAUUUGAAAAUUCAACGAGAUCGUCUUGUGGAUGAAUUCACGUCCGCCCUUACGGCCUUCCAGGUGGUGCAGCGCAAGACGGUGGACUUUGAGAAGAAUGCAAUGCGUCAGGCACGCUCUACGGCAAUCGCUAAACCGCCUGGAUCACAGAAUUCCUCCUCUUCCGGUCCCUUUGAGGAUAACUUCGUGACUGGUAGUAGGGGUCAGACGCAGGCACAGAUGCAGGAGGAUAUUGAUUUGCAGGCACUGGAGGAGCAGGAGCGUACCAUACGGGAGCUUGAGGAGAAUAUUGUGGGGGUGAAUGAGAUUUACAAGAAAUUGGGGGCAAUGGUGUACGAGCAGGGGCAUGUUGUGGAUUCCAUUGAGGCGUCGGUGGAGCAAACGAGUGUCUUUGUGUCGGAGGGAGCGGAUAAUCUCAAGAAGGCCAGUCAAUACCAGAAUAAACUGCGAAAAAAGAAGUUGUUUAUAGCCCUUAUCUUGGCUGCUAUUCUCGCUGUUAUCAUCCUAUUGAUAGUUUGGAGGAAUUAGAGCGAUCCGGAGGGGCAAUAAUAUCAAGUAUUUGCAUUGGCGGCACUUCUUUUUGUAUAUUUCUAUGGCUUCGCGCAUUGGGGAGUUAUCCAAUUAAGGGGACUUUUUAGAUGGAUAUGUUACGAGAGAGAAGAGAAAUUAAAAUGAUAAAAAAAAAAUAAAAUGUAUGUAUAAUACCCUCUCGGGUCUUAUUCUCACAAAAAAUGUACAUCAAUAAACAAUUUUAUUUUAUUAAAAACUAUUGAUGCAUUAUGAUAAAAAUUAAAAGAAAAAAGAGUUAAUUUAUAUUACUAUCUGUAUUAUAUGUAGAUAAUCACACUAAGAGGAGACUUUAUGGAUUAAAGAAGAAGAAGAAAAAAUGAUAUUUCGAAAAUAAAAAUAAAAAUUAAUAAAUAAACUUACGUAUUCACAAUGAAAAAA